AUGGGUGGUGGAGAGGAGAAUGGCGCCGCCGCCCCCUGGUGGAAGAACGCCACCAUCUACCAGAUCUACCCCGCCAGCUUCAAAGACUCCAAUGGGGAUGGUAUCGGCGAUAUCCCCGGAAUCAUUAGCCAGCUGGACUACAUCCAGUCCCUGGGAGUCGAUGCUAUUUGGAUAUGCCCCAUGUACGACAGUCCCCAAUACGAUAUGGGAUAUGACGUGGCCAACUAUGAAGAAGUAUAUGCGCCCUACGGGACUGUCGCUGAUGUCGAGACCCUGAUUGCAGGCUGUCAUGAGCGAGGAAUGAAGAUCUUGCUCGACUUGGUCAUCAACCACACAUCCCAUCAGCAUCCCUGGUUCCAAGAGUCGCGGGAGUCCAAGAACAGCCCCAAACGCGAUUGGUACAUCUGGCGUCCGGCACGGUACGAUGCAGAUGGGACUCGAUGCCCGCCGAACAACUGGCGCAGCAUAUUUGGUGGCAGUGCGUGGGAAUGGGACGAAGCGACUCAGGAGUAUUAUUUGCAUCUGUUUGCCGUGCAACAGCCCGAUGUGAACUGGGAGAACCCGGACACCCGCGCAGCGCUAUAUGAGUCCGCCAUGGAGUUCUGGCUGCGCAAAGGCAUUGAUGGGUUCCGUGUUGAUACCGUCAACAUGUAUAGCAAGCACCAGUCCUUUCGCGAUGCAGUCGUGGUCGACCCAAGCAGUGAGUGGCAGCCUGCAGCCUCGCUGUUUUGCAACGGCCCGCGCAUCCAUGAGUUCCUCCGCGAGAUGGGCCAGAUCCUGCAGAAGUACAAUGCGGUCACCGUCGGCGAACUCCCAGGGACCCCUGACAUCACUGACGUGCUCAAGUACGUGUCUGCGCAAGAGCAGCUGCUGAGCAUGGUCUUCCAGUUUGACAUCGUCGACCUCGGCUUUGGAUCCAACUUGCGAUUCGAUACCGUUCCGCGCAGCUGGGCCGUCUCCGACCUCCGCGCACGGGUCCAGCGCACGCAGCUGCUCAUGGAUGGGACAACAGACGGGUGGAGCACGGCCUUUCUCGAGAAUCACGAUCAGGCGCGGAGUAUCUCACGCUGGGGCAGCGAGGCAAGCCCGGAACUAUGGGCCCGCAGUGCCAAGAUGCUCGCCAUGCUCGUCGCCAGUCUAUCUGGAACUCUGUACCUCUAUGAGGGCCAAGAAAUCGGCAUGGUCAAUGCCCCCAUUGACUGGGACAUCAGCGAAUACAAGGACGUCGACAGCAUCAACUAUUACACGUUUGUGAAGGAACGGUCCGGAAAUGACCCGACUGCGCUGGCGGCAGCUGUACGGUCUCUGCAACAUCUAGCCCGCGACCACAGCCGGCUCCCGAUGCAGUGGGAUGGCACGCACAAUGCAGGGUUCACCAGUAGCACAGCGAAGCCCUGGAUGCGAGUGCACGACAACUAUCCUGUCGUAAAUGUGGAACGGCAGAACCUGGACCCGAAAUCAGUGCUGUCUUUCUGGCGGGACCUGUUGCGAGUGCGCAGUGCGAAUCCGAGCGUUUUUGCGCAGGGUGUAUUCAGCGACACAGAUCUCUCGAAUGACGAGGUAUUUGUCUUUGUAAAAACCUCGGAGGCUCAGAAACUUGUGGUUGCGCUCAAUUUCACGGCAGAGAACCAGUCCGUUCAUUUGGAGAGGCAGCUUGGGAAUGCGCCGCUCCAGGCUCUUUUGAAAAGCUGCGACGAUGAGCCGCUAGAUGUACUACAGCCGUAUGAAGGCCGUGUGUAUCUAUUAGACAAUUAG